CGGGGCGGCGCGGCAGACAGACAGAAGCAGGAGGCGGCAGAUGGCUAAUCAUAUAAUAAGAGUGCGUGGCUGACACUUCAAAAUGGCGUCGUUCGGUUGAAUUUAAACGCUGUUGGCCUUUGGCCAGUGGCCUGUGUGGUUGAAGGACAGGACGAAAGGAAGGAGGGAGGUGGUUGGAAGAGAAUCGGAAUCCUGAACUGAAGGGAAGGGAUGGACACGAUCCUCUGCGACGAGCUCCUCCAAGAGAUAUUCCGCCGCCUACCCCCGUCCUCCUCCUCCGCCGUGUCCCUCGUCUCCAAGCGGUGGCUCCGCCUCUUCCGCUCCUCCAGGACCUGCCUCUCUCUCCGCCUCUCCCCCCACUGCCACUCCUCUCUCCCCUCCUUCCUCUCCUGCUUCCCCUUCCUCUCCUCCCUCUCCCUCGCCUUCUCCGCCCCCGCCUCCUCGUCCUUCGCCGAUCGCUUCCUUAUCUCCGCCGCCUCCUCUUGUCCCAAUCUCCGCCAUCUCCGCCUCCUCGCCGGCCCCGUCUCUCUCUUCCCUCUCCUUUCUCUCUCCUCUUCCUGCCCUCGCCUCUGCUCUCUCUCCAUCGCCUUCUCUAGGCCCCUCUCUUUCCACUGGCUCCUCCAUUUCCGCUCCCUCAAGGAUCUCUCCGUCGUCGCCUCCUCCGCUGCCGGGCAGUUCGAUUCCGUCCAAUUCCAUUCGAGCUGUCAACAAGCCGAUGCUGAGCUGCAACUAGAGAACCUCGCUUUGUCAGCGAUUCGGCACGGUGAUUGCGGCCUUGAUUGGCUGUGGAGAAGCUGCAAAAAGCUGAAGAAGCUCCAAUUACGAAGCUGCGAAGCCAUAAGCACUCGCUUUGUCGAGUGCUUAAAGAGCCUCCAGGAAGUGGAAUUGAGGACUUGCAGAGCCAUAGUUGACGUAAUUUUAUCGAAUUUGGCCGAAGAUUGCUCAUCUCUCAAGUCUCUCUUGGUAUACGAUGGCGGAAGUAAGAGCGGUUUACUUCGAUUCUUAAAUCGGAGCCGAUGUAAUUUUCAAAAGCUUGAUUUACGGCUUCCUCUUGAUCUCAACAACGAUCACUUAUUGGCCGUGGCAGAGAAUUUCCGGGGAUUGUCGAGUCUUCGGCUACAGAGUUGCUGUCUCGUUACCGCUGAAGGGCUUAGAACCAUUGGGAUAGCCAUGGGAGAUGAACUUGAAGAAUUGGCUUUGAUUAACUGCGAUGUGAUGGCAAGAAACCCCGGGUUGUUGACCGCUUUGGGGCAGAAUUUGAGAAGGUUGAAGAAGCUGGAUUUGUCCUACAAUGAGACUUUGAUGGAUAUAGAGUUCACAUCCAUGCUUGCUUCCUGUAACAGUUUGAGGGAAUUGAAGCUGCGGGGAUGCAAGGGCUUGACAAAUGCGACCAUUGUUUCGAUGUCGAAGACCUGCAAGCAUUUGGAAAGCGUUGAUAUGUUGGAUUGUUGUGGCAUUGAGGCAGAGGCUGUUGAGUUGUUUCUUCUGAAUUCUCCUCGGCUGAGUCGGGUGCAGGUUGAGGAAAGCAAGGUUUCAGAUGCUGCCAGGUCCUGGGCUUUGAAUAAGUUUAUUGAGAUUGCUGUUUGAUCAAUGAUUUGGCUGUGGGAAGAACAGAAAGCCCACAUUGUUUACAUACAGUCGUGAGCCAGGCCAGGUAAACAUGGCCUGUUGCUUUCUCAUGUUUCAAUUGUAAAUGUCUCUAAUUUAUGUUGUGAAGACAAGAAUUAUCAGAUAAUGUUUGUACGAUUGUUUGAUACUCCAAUAAUGUACACUGCAUUAACUGAAUACAAGGUUUCAGAUACUUUGCUUUGCUA